AUGAGUGUUAUGCCAAAGUGUGAACCAGAAACCACAAAUGAAGUUGAAAUCGAAAUGUUGGAUGUGAAUGUCCUCAAACGAUGUGGAGAUCUAAUUUUUAAUUUGUUUAGACGGUUGAAAAAUGACGAAUUAUUGGACAGCAAUAGUAGUUGUAGUUUAUCUACUAAUAUGUCUUUCUGCAGCGCAGGUGAUACUUAUAUGGAAUUGAUCAUGAUGAAAACAUUCGAUCAGCUGUACGAUAUGAUGUCGCAUGAUUUGGAAAAGGCUGACAGUAGUUAUAUGGUAGCACCAAAACUGCAUUUGUAUGAUGACCUCAAUGAUUUCAUGAGGCAUGACCAGUUGCAUCAAAUAAACAGAUACGUGUUCGGAAACGGACCGCCGAGCGACGAUUGGGAGGCCGACGGUAAGAGCGGUCUGACGGCGGUCCGGACAUGGCGGGAACAGUUCGACGACGGUGCCCGAGUGCCGAACGGUCUGAUCGAAAUCUACAGAACGGUAGCCGACGGCCGGCACCACGGACCCCGCGACGUGGCAAUGGUCGCGUUCGCUGUCUUCGGAUUCGUGCUCGGAUACGACGUGGCGGCCGACUUGGAGAUCGCGUACAUGUAUCGCGACAUUGAGGCGUGCCACGAGCCGGCGACGUUUCGACGCGUGCACAACGCGGUGUCGCGGCGCGUCCGGAUGUUUUUGGACGAGUGGGACGCGCCCGCUGAACUCGUCGAACAUUUCGACGCCGCUGUGGCCGGGAACGCGGACGCGGUGGCCGCGUGCCGGUGGACGUUCGACCUGUUGACCGAGCGGCCCGGCGCCGUCGAGGAAAUCGGCCGCUGCGACAUAUUCACCGGCCAUCCUGGGCACUACGUCGCGCGGCUUCGGACGUUCUACGGCUGGGUGUCGCGACAGGUGUACACGCAGCUCAGCGACGGAUGCAAGCGAUCUUCAUUGUUGGACGAUUACCAUUUAAAGUGUUUGUUCGAAAUGACCGAUUUGAACUUAUUAUUCGAUGACAUCUAUGAUGGUAUGUUGCGACAUUUCAUGACAUUUCUCAACGAACAAAAGUGUCCAGCAACGUUUAUGGAAACUUUUCGCGCCAUCUGCGACAACGAAAAGUUUAAGAAUAUAAUUCGGUUUUUCGUUCAUUGGCAUACCGAACGCAUCUUUCACAGUAGCCCAGAUAAUUGUUUGGAUUCAAAUCAAACAUUUUCGGAUAGCUCGAGUCAGAGUGAAAUCGAAGAAAUAGAUGUUUCACAAAACGUCUCGGUCAACGAUUAA